AUGUCGGCGCCCUCGUCAGGCCGCUGCGUGUGCUGCAUCCAGCAAGAGAGAGGCAGCUGUGUGUGCGUGUGCGGUGAUAUAUUCACUCUGGAGACGGAGGAGAAGGAGGGAGAGGGGGGAGGGGGGGAGGCAGAGGGUGAGAGGAGAGCGAGGGGAAGAGGAGGAGGAGGAGGAGGAGGAGAGACGGAGGGAGAGGGGCUGAUGGACGGAGCGGAGAGGAAGCAGGCGGUGCUGAACGUAGCGUUUCGAUACCUGGACACCUACAGAGAGCUGCUGCAGGAGGAGGGCGAGCGCAGCAACAGCUUCCCCAAGGAGCUGUACAUGUGUGCGGUCCAGGAGUUGAGUCGGUAUCCUGAGCUGGUGGAGGACGUCCUCAAACUGCAGAGAUGGACCGAGAUCUUACACUGCCCCUCGAAUGAGGAGAAGGAAAGCAGGAAGAAGCAGGUUCGUCCUCUGUUCAGACACUUCAGACGCAUCGACGCCUGUCUGCAGCCCAGGGAGGCGUUCAGGGGCUCCGACGAGAUCUUCUGCAGGGUCUACACUCCAGAUCAUUCCUACGUCACCAUCCGGAGUCGUCUGUCCUGUCGGGUCGGAGAGAUUCUGGCUCUGGUCAGAGAGAAACUCCAGUACAGUGAAGACCAACCAGUCCUGCCCGGAAACCUCAUUCUGGUGGCCGUCACAUCAGCCGGAGAGAAAGCCGUGUUUCGUCCCAGUGACGAGGCCGUGUUCACCACGCUGGGAGUCAACACUCACCUGUUUGCCUGUGAAGCCUCUGAGCUCGACUCACUGCUUCCUCUUCCUGAGGAGAUCCACUGGACGCCGGGUGACAGCAAACUCCACGACAUGUCAGCGGAGGAGGUGGCCAAUCAGCUGGUGGUGUUUGACUGGGAGCUCUUCAGCUGCGUGCACGAGGUGGAGUUUGUGUGUUAUGUGUUUCACGGAGAGCAGUCCCGCUGGCGCCCCCUAAACCUGGAGCUGGUACUGCAGCGCUGCAGCGAGGUGCAGCACUGGGUGGCCACGGAGAUCUUGCAGUGUCAGUCGCUGCCAAAGAGGAUCCAGCUGCUCCGCAAGUUCAUCAAGAUCGCAGCGCUCUGUAAGCAGCAGCAGGACCUGCUGUCGUUCCUCGCUGUGGUUCUGGGUCUGGACAACCCCGCUGUCAACAGACUGCGACUCACCUGGGAGGGUCUCCCGGGGAAGUUCAGGAAGCAGUUUCAGCAGUUUGAGAGCAUCGCGGACCCCUCCAGGAACCAUAAGUCCUACAGAGACCUGAUCACCAGCCUGAGACCUCCACUGAUCCCCUUCACACCUCUGCUGCUCAAAGACUUGACGUUUCUUCACGAGAGCUGUAAGACGUUUCACGGUGAGCUCGUCAACUUCGAGAAGAUGCAUAAAGUGGCAGAGAUGGUGAGGAUCAUCAGACGCUACAGGAGCAGCCAGCUAGCCAUGGAUACAGAGACGUCCCCCUCCCACCUGCAGACGAAGGCCUACGUCCGUCAGUUACAGGUGAUCGACAACCAGAACCUGCUGUUCGACAUGUCCUGCAAACUGGAGCCCAAAGACACAUAGAGGAGACGUCUGAGGUUGGUGAGGACGAGAAAGAGACUCAAAAUGAAGAGGAGGAGGAGGAAGACGACGAUCAGACGCCUCUGUUCAAGCAAUUCGUGUCCCGAAACAACAAAGACAAGGAGGGAAAAGCGAUGGAAGGAGUGAAAACCUACAACCUCUUCGUCCUCGUCGACCUGAGACAAACAAAAACAAAUACAACAGACGUUCUUGAUAAGCAGAGGAGGAGGCGGAGCUUCUUCACCUCCUUCAUCCACGAGCUUGACUGUCCAUAGACUUUUACUUUGCUUCUUCUUUCCCUCCACCUGCCGCUCCUCCUCCCUCGUCCCUCCAUCAGCAGCUGUCCAGGCCGCCACGCUGCCACAACCCUCACGUCCACUAACACGCAGAGACGCGCGGUGGGAAACGUUUUUCAGUGAAGCAGAGUUUGCUUCAGCGACAAAUCGUCGUCGUUCUUGCGGGAUCCAUUGUUGAGACGUUCGGAAAGGUCUUCUGUGAGUACUCUGCAAAGACAGACUGAAGACAAUCGGCCGUAACUCAGCAGCCUUCAAACUGGAUCCUAACAUACAGCCGUGUGAGCAAACGGUGCCUUUAGAUGAUAAAACAGUUUCAGUGAAGCAUUACUGCUUUUCUUUUUAAAUCCUUUUUUAUUCAAGACAAGAGAAUCAAUAAAGUCUCGUACUUAAUUGAUUCAACAGUCCAACAAACAGUUUGAAAUAGGGAUGUCACGAUACUAGAAAUUUAGCAGUCGAUACCAAUACCCGUGAAAAACCACAGUAAAAAACUAAACAAUAACUUCCAUCAUGAACAUACGCUCCUUUAAUAAAAAAUUUGAACCUUACAAAAAACAACUAACAGCUGUGCAAGUUGUGGGAGGACGUUCAGGAGGUACGAGAGGUGGUUUGAUGUCAAUAUAUUCAUGAAUGAGCAACCUUGAAAUGUGCAUAAUUACUACAUUAAUUUUCCAAACCUACAGGUGUGAAAUGUUUAAGUGUAGUUUGAGGUUUCUAUGUUGAAAUGCAUCGAGUUGCCCCUUUCAGACGGCCCCUAACUCCUCCCACAGUAACAGGAGCGUUCUUCGCGCUGCAAGCUGCAUCGUCAUCUUUGGUGAUUUUGAGUCGAUCCAAACUGUGAAACGUCCGCCUGAAUUAGAUCUCCAACACAACGGGGAGGAGUCCAGGCUUUCAGACGGAGCUGUUGAAGGUAACAGCAGCGGAAACCGGCCGAAUGUUAAAUAUUAAACUAACUUCAUCACAGUUCCCAUAAAAGAUCCACAUGUUGAAUCUCCUACAGAAAAACAAAAAGUUUGGUAUCGACUUGGUACCGGAGGAUCAGUCCUCGUGACAUCCCUCAUCUGAAGAGAUAAAGAACUACUUUAAAUAGUAGGUGGCAUUCAAAAGUUUAUAAACUUGGUCACGUGACAUGACUUCAGUAUUGUGUUGAUAUAAAGUAAAUCUUCUCGAACACCCGUUACUUGAGCAUGAAAACGCCCCCUUUACAUAUUCAAAACAGCCAUUUAUAUUAAAGUAUAUAUUAAAGAGUUAAACGUGACGCUGAAAACUGCAUGCGAACAUCAUGUCCAAACCGCUGACAGCGGGCAGCCGUGUGUUUGCUCAUUGGCUGCAUGUUAGGAAGUGACGAUGGCCGAUAGAGAGACGAGUCGCUGCUCUGAGCGACGAAGAAAUGAAUCCUCGUAAUGUUGUUGGACUCGGUUACUUCCUUUUUCCUGACUUUCUGCACUUUCCUUCCACCUGUGGCGGCUGACCAAUCAGACUAGAGACAAUCUGACCACGUGACUGACACCUGCUGACCUUUGAACCCUCCAAUGAAAGGCCUCCACCCUGUCGUCCAACCGCCAUUUCAUGAGAAACAAGAAUUUUACCGUAUUGGCCCGAAUAUAAUAGCGCAUCAGAUAUUGUUUUUUCGCCACAGAGUGUUGCAUCAUGGGUCGGUUUGUGUGAGGAAGGUUACGGUCACGCUCACAGAUAAGUGGUGUCUCAGACCUCCUCCCCCGUUGAGCGAUGGUCUCUCUACUUUUUGUAAAUGUUUUCCUUUCUCCGUCUUUCAAACCUGUGACAUAUUUUGUAUCUUCAAAACGACAUUUUCAGAAAAAGCCGAGGUUGUUUAAUCGUCAGGGUCGUCGUUAUAUUUGGGUCAAUACGGUACUUCUGCGAGGAUGCACGUAAACAUCUCUACGGACCUACACAGUGUGAAGGCCGUUAUGAUGAGGGUGCAGACACCCAAAUAUCAUCAAACGCCGCACGUCAAACAGCUGACUGGUUGAUCCAACUUCCUGUUUGGUGGCAGGUUUGAAACACUGGAAUUGAACUGGAUUGGCUGAAGUUACAUCCUGAAAUAUGACGAUGCGUUCACUGACGGUCGUUUGGGUCGGUCACGGUGCGCUCGUGGACUCAUCACAUGAUGGGAAUUAGUUAGUGGAGGACGGUCUGGAUGUUUCCUCGCUGGAUCAGAGUGUGUAGAUGCUGGUUUUCUACCGAACGUGAUCUCAGUUUCAGCCUGAAGACGCUCUUCGGUCUUUUCUUCUUUUUGUUUCAGGACUUUGACAAAGAACAUUAUCAUUAACUGUCUCUCACAGUGUUUUAUGAUUCAACAGGAGAGUUGGAAAAUUCCCACACGAUAGUUUUCACACUCGCUUUAAAGGACCAUACUGGUGUUUUUUUAAUGUUUGAACCAGUCACACACAGUGUUUUACAUCUAGUUCUUUCCAGGCAGCCGUUGGCUUCAGCUUUCAUUUCAGUCGUCAGUCGUAAUAUCAGUAGAUAUUAAUCAAGAGGCUUUAAUAAAAGUUUGACUUAAAACUCCUACCUUAAUGACAAAAGUGUUAUAAUGAACUUAAAAUCUAAAACACACAAGUCUGUUUUGGAAAGUGUUGUGUGGAGAGAGUUGGAGUAAAUUGGCUAAAACAUGCAAAAAAACACAGGUAUGGUCCUUUAAUUAAUCACAAGCUGACUGAACUGAUAAUCAGCUGUGUUUAUGACAACAUACCAGAGACAUGAAUACAAACAUCGAAAAGAGUCGACAGGAAUUUUUUUUUUUUUUCUCUCAGCGUUUGGGAUCUAAUUACUGAACGACCAAUCGGCUGUAAGGAAUGACCCAGUCAGCCCCACAGAGCUGCCCUGCCAUUGGUCAGUUCAGUGGAUUGGCGGGUCGAGGUCCAAGGCAAUAAUACAGCGACAGGAAGUGAAGCUGGUUGGUCAACUUAUCGCAGCAACAAAGCACUUUUGCCAAACCUCAGGGCUCAGAGACACAGAGAGGUUUUGUUUACUCUUUAUUCUAGAUUUUCAGUAGAGUUUGGUUCAGUUGAGUCCAGUUGUGUUGCGAUCGAUUGGUUCUGUGUUGUACAGCUGAUCACACUUCAAUCAUAUUUACUGUACUAAUAGAAAUCUACAGAGUUGUUGUUUUUCUGCUGUGAUCACCACCAGGUCUGAGUCCAGCUGUCCACAUGGAAACAUUGUCUUACUUUGGUUUUUGGAGCCAGAGUCGUGCACUGAAGAGUUUUUAGAAAGAAAUCAUAGUGAAAGCCUUCCAGCAGCUCGCAAACCCAGAGCUUUUGAGACCAAAGCCACCAUCUUAUAAAAAAAGAAAGAAGAAAAAGUUAUAAUAUUGUGACAAAAAGGUAAUUUUACUACACUGACUUAAUGAGUGUGUGAGCCCCUCUCCAUUAUAGGCUUUACCUUGUGUUAAACAUUCAAAGUAAUUAUACAACCACUUCUCAUUCCCAAAUUAGCUACGCUUUGUCGUGUCCUUCGGCGUCUGGCGCCAACGCACAUGGCAGCCUUUAGUGCCACUGCUGAACGCUAAAAGUAGGCAUAUUAUACAUAACAGAAAGGUCACAGUGAAGUGGAGGUUCGGAUGGGCUAGUGGGUCAGAAACCAGGCUUUCACCCGGAGACCAGUGUUCGUUUCGUGUGUGAAACAAAAAGUCAACAUUGAUUUAAGUUACGUAGUUAUUUUAACCCAAACCUUUUCCUAAACCUAACCAAACUGCGACGUUUCACGACGUUAACCACUAGUUUUAUUUUGAAAGUCUAACCGGAUAUUGCAUAUUUAAUUAAGCUAACUUAACCACGAAGCCCUGCAUGUGUAAAGACGACGUUAAAGGGUACAAAGGGCGUUAAAAAGCGACACCAAGGGGUCUUAACCAAGCGUCCAUAAGUGACGAGUUGGGAUGAGAACAGGUCAAAUUUUCAGUCGAUUUCUUGCUUUGCGAUGAAACUCUUCAGUCAGGACCGCUCACGUGUUUGUAAAAAUGACCUGAAAAGGUGUAAAUGGUUUUAAAAAAUGUUGUCUGUGCUCAGCUCUGGUGGACGGUAAGACUUUGUCAUACUCCAUCUGUACCAUAACAUCCUGUUUGUAAAAGCUCAGUGAGGCUGAUCCUGUCCACCUCCCAUCCACGUCAGAACAAGACCAGGUAAUAUCUCUAUGAAGAGAUAAUGUCUGUUUUAUUUUCUUAUUUAAUUUUACAACCUGGCUCUUAUUUUGGCAGCUUUGUGACGCCGUGGUGAAACAAGGCUAAAAAAACAGGACGUUUCAUUUAAGGAGUAACUUAAACACUAAAUCACUGCACGAGGUGAGAACAUCGACCAUGAUUUCCACCUCGGGUAACCGAUGGCUGCUGUAACGCAACAGUCCUACAUUUUCCUUUUAACUUUGCACUGCUUAACCAUUUUGUAAUAGUUGCUGUUAUGUUUUUACAAUAGAGGAUCUCUAAUGGGAGUUAAACUCAGGACAGGAUCGUAACAGAAGUCUCAAAUUUUCAUAAGCUAUUUUACAGCAUUACAGAUGUUGAACACGAUGUGACGUGAUGCUGCUGGAUUUUGAAAACCUCCAGAACCUCUCCAGUUUGACAAGACCUUAUAUAUGUUUUUUCUCAGCUCUCAUUCAGUAUGACGGUGUGCAUAGUUCCAGGUCGGAUUUGGGCCACUUUCGUUUGUAGUCCAAAUCAUAUAUCAAGAUUAAAAAGAACGCAUGCGACCUAAGUAUGCUAGUUUGAAUUUGAACUCCCUUAAACAUGAGAUCAAGUUUGAACUCCAGUGAGCAGGAGUUUGAGUUAAAAUUUCUGGGAACAAGAGUCGAAACUCAAGUCGGAACCCCUCUAGAUCAUAGUUUGAGCUUGAACCCAAGUUCAAACGCCCACGAGUUCAAACUCACAAACACACGAGUUUGAGAAAAGCAUAUCGUGCGUACUCGAGAGUUUUGACAACUCUUCUCUUGAUUGUUUAGCAGUCGUUGCGUCCGAUGGUUAGGGUGGGGUUAGGGUUAGCCAAUCAGAGACAGAGUAGGGGGCAGGACUCGACGCAAAGCUGAUGUCCGUCAAAUGAGAGUUGUAGAAACUGGUUCUUCGACAUGUUUUCAGUUGAGCAUGACGUAUUUGAAGAACGGUCUGAGAUCACGAUGAGUUUUCAGGACUAUUUGCUGUUAAAGGUCUUGUCGAGGUGGAAACGUUUGCGGCGGUUUGGUCGGGUUCAAAGUUUGUGAAACCCAGCGAAGAUGACAUCAACACUAGUCUGCCGGUGGCUCUCUCAGGACCACUUCCUGGGUGUCUGGCGUUUUGUUAUGGAUCCCACCGUAGUUCUGGGCAGAAACAGAAGUCCUGAAUCCCAACUGUCUCUAAUUUUCACCUGAACAAAACAAUUCUCAACGUUGAACUAACCUGAUCAAACCUUCAGUUCAACCAGUGUUUCGGACCAAUCGCAGCUUCUGCCUGUAAUUCUGCUGAUAUCCAUAAUUUCUGGAGGUGGGCAGCCUCUUGGGUCGAGGCCAGCCGCUGGAUGAAAACACUGAAAAAAUGUGUAUAUAGUGCAACCCUGUUAAUAGGCAAAUACUAACGGAGACUCUAUUUUAUGUAUGAGCUGAGGGAGAGACACUAACUCAAGGAGAAAUAUUUGAUUUGAUGUUUUUAUUUGUUAAAGUGUGCGAGAAAGUGUACAGUAAUGACAGAAAGAGAAAGAUGAUGAAUUUAUGACUUUAUGAAUUGUACAGUUAAAUCUCUUCAGUUUGAUUGUUCUGUUUUCUAUCUAAAGCUUGGGGUUGUUUCUGUUUGUUUUUUUGUACAGAAGUGGUUGUUUACAUCAAUACAAGUCCUUAUUUCUGUGAUCGUCAGACAGACGAUGUGUUUGGAGCAAAGGCCUGGGAGGAGGCGGGGCCUGGAGGUUUGGCGUCAUAUUACAGAAUAAUCAGGAAAAUAACCAGUCUAGCCUGCUUCAAUGUAUGACGUGUGAUUAAUAGUUAAGUGAUUUUUCUUUAUUUUACCAGAAGCAGGUUGUGAUAUGUGAUUAAAUUUAAUUUAUCAUAAUGUAAUAAUAAUGACAUUUUUGAGAAUUGUUUUGAAAAAUAUUUCAAGAUAUGGAUGCAAUUUCUGUCUAAAAGUGGUAUACAUUAUAAUUUUACUUCA